GGACCCCCCAGACCCCCAUUUUUGCCCAUUUUUACCCCAUUUUCCCCUCAGUUGCAGUCCCUCACCCUGGGCAGUAACAGGACCCCCAUUUUUGCCCAUUUUUGCCCAUUUUUUCCCCAUUUUUCCCCUCAGUUGCAGUCCCUCACCCUGGGCAGUAACAAGCUGUACCGCCUGGACGAUUUGGCCGACCUGGCCCUCAAAGCCCCCGGGCUCAAAGUGCUCGACCUGUCCCGAAACGAGCUGAAGUCGGAGCGGGAGCUGGACAAGGUGAAGGGGCUCAAACUGGAGGAGCUUUGGCUGGAUGGGAACCCCCUCUGUGACUCCUUCCGGGACCAGGCCACCUACAUCAGCUCCCCCCCAACCCCCAGGACGGCACUGAGCUCCCCCAUCGCCUUCGGCGUCGAGGCCCCCACGACGCUCCCGCCCUGCAAGGGCAGUUAUUUCGGCUCAGACGACCUGAAGGGGCUGGUGCUGAGAUUCCUGCAGCAGUAUUACUCCGUGUACGACUCCAGUGACCGGCAGGGGCUGCUGGACGCGUACCACGACGGGGCCUCCUGUUCCCUCAGCAUCCCUUUUGGGCCCCAAAACCCCCCCAGGAACAGCCUCAACGAGUAUUUCAAGGACAGCCGGAACGUGAAGAAGCUGAAAGACCCCACCAUGCGUUUCAAGCUGCUCAAGCACACGAGGCUCAACGUGGUGGCUUUUCUGAACGAGCUGCCCAAGACCCAGCACGACGUGAACUCCUUCGUGGUCGACAUCUGCGCCCAGACGAACACGCUGCUCUGCUUCACCGUGCACGGCAUCUUCAAGGAAGUGGGCCCCGGAAAAUCCCGGGAUUCCGUGCGGGCCUUCACUCGGAUGUUCAUCGCGGUGCCGGCGGGGAACAGCGGGCUGUGCCUGGUGAAUGAUGAGCUGUUCGUGGGGGAGGCCCGCGAGGAGCCACGCAAAGCCUUCGCCCUGCCCGCCCCCACCCCCUCGAAGCCCGUGCCCACCCUGAGCUCCGAGCAGCAGGAGAUGCUGGCGGCCUUCGCCAUGCAGUCGGGCAUGAACCUCGAGUGGUCCCAGAAGUGCCUCCAGGACAACGACUGGGAUUACGGCCAGGCCGGGCAGGUUUUCACCCAGCUCAAGAUGGAAGGGAAGAUUCCAGAGGUUGCGUUUCUCAAGUGAACGUUGGACGUUGGACAGGACCCCCCACCCUCCGGCUCCUCCCGCGGUGUUUUAUCCCCCCCCCCCC